AUUAUUGGUUCCGGGCGGAUUGGCGCUCUUCUAGCGGAAGCUGGAAAGUGUAAGGUAUCGGGCCGCGAAGAUAGUAUCGAUAGUGAAGGUAAGGGCUCCAUUCUAAUUGCAACCCGCAACGAUUCUUUAGAGAGCAUUGUCGAAAAGUGUCCCGAAAAUCGGAGAAAGGAUCUAGUUUUUAUGCAGAACGGAUACCUCGAUAAGUUUCUGGACUCCAAAGGUCUUUUGGGCAACACACAAGUCCUUUUGUAUCUCUCUAAGGCCAGCAUGGAGGCCAAGGCCGUUGAUGGUGUCACAUCCGUCAACCCUGAGGGGUUGACAGCUGCCACAGGCAUUCACGCUCAAGCCUUUGCCGACAGACUGGCAUCUUUGGACUUGAAAUGCAAUGUUGUUUCACCGAAAAGUUAUCGGCCCGCAAUGUUUGAAAAGCUGAUUUGGAUAUCCACGUACAUGCUUGUUGGAACUGCGAAAGAAUGUAAAUCAGUCGGCCAGGCUAGUGAAGAAUAUAGAGAUAUUGUGGAAGCCGUCGUAAACGAACUCACUGCAGCUGUGUGUGCCAAAGAAGGUAUUGAAUUCCCUGAUGGUACAAUGGCGCGACUGGCUGCUUACACUGAUGUCGUCGCUGACUUCCCGUGUGCAGUCAAGGAGUUCCAAUGGCGUAACCAAUACUUUUUCGAUCUAGGCGAUGACGCU